GCAGAUCCGAACUGGGCUAAACCGAACCGAGCAGAGCUGUAAGGGGAUCAAGCCGUGCCAACACCGAGCUGAGCAGAGCCGAACUGAACCGGGCUGUGCCGAGCUGAGCUGGAUUGCACCAAAUUACACUGAACCGAGCCGAGCUGAACUAAACGGAACCGGAUUGAGCCGAGCCCAAACGAGCCGAGCCGAAUUGAACUGAACCAGGUUAAACCGAGCUGAGCCAAACCCAGCUGUACUCAACCGAGCUGAACCGGGCAGAGAAGAGCCAAGCCGAGCUGAGCUGCGCAAAUCUGCGCUGCGCGGGCAGUAGCUGUGAUGAAAAGAGAAACCCCUCUUGCCAGGGACUGAACUUGUCUGCCAGGAAAACACCAUUUACAGGACUUGCCAUGUCUCCCUUCCUGAGGAUUGGGUUAUCCAACUACGACAGUGGCCCUUACCUGCCAUCCCAGGGGGAGGUGAUUAACCCUUACUGUGCUGUGAUGGUGAAAGAAGCUGUGGAGUCAGAAAAUGGCCAAGUGUAUGUGCAGAAGAAGCCCACCAUGUACCCACCCUGGAACAGCACUUUUGAUGCCCACAUCAACAACGGGAGGCUCAUGCACAUCAUUGUCAAGGACAAAAGUGCUGAGAUGGUUUCAGAGACCACAGUGGAACUCAAGGUGCUGGCAGAGAGGUGCAAAAAGAGCAAUGGGAAGACAGAGAUUUGGCUAGAGCUGAAACCUCAAGGGCGAAUGCUGAUGAAUGCAAGAUACUUCCUGGAAAUAAGUGAUGCAAAGGACCUGGCUGACUGUGAGACUGAAGGUUUUUUCUCCUUGCACCAACGCAGAGGAGCCAUCAAACAAGCCAAAAUCCAUAAUGUCAAAUGCCACGAGUUCACAGCCACCUUCUUUCCACAGCCCACCUUCUGCUCUGUCUGUCACGAGUUUGUAUGGGGUCUGAAUAAACAAGGCUAUCAAUGCAGACAAUGCAAUGCUGCCAUUCAUAAGAAGUGCAUUGAUAAAGUAAUAGCCAAGUGUACAGGAUCAGCAGUCAACAGCAGAGAAACAAUGUUCCACAAAGAAAGGUUCAAGAUUGAUAUGCCUCACCGCUUCAAAGUAUACAACUACAAGAGCCCAACUUUCUGUGAGCACUGUGGCACACUCCUCUGGGGCCUUGCACGGCAAGGACUGAAGUGUGAUGCAUGUGGCAUGAAUGUCCAUCACAAGUGCCAGAUGAAAGUAGCAAACCUCUGUGGAGUUAACCAGAAACUCAUGGCUGAAGCUCUGGCAAUGAUAGAGAGCACCCAGCAGGCUCGCUGCCAGCGUGAUACAGAGCAGAUCUCCAGGGAUGGACCUCUGGAAAUUGGCUUCCCAGUUCCUGCAAAAGAUGGAACACCCCUUCAGGCACUGCCAGGAUCUACAACAGGCAGAAAAGAGCCACAGGGCAUCUCCUGGGAGACUCCAGUGGAAGGUACAACAAAGGGAGAGACUUUAAUAGAGACAGACUUGGGACAACAGCCCCAGGAGCAGCGAGAGCAUCAAGUGCAACUAAAAUUAACUAUUGAAGAUUUUGUCCUCCACAAGAUGCUGGGGAAGGGCAGUUUUGGCAAGGUGUUCCUUGCUGAGCUGAAGAACACAGAGCAGUAUUUUGCUGUGAAAGCCCUGAAGAAGGAUGUGGUGCUGAUGGAUGAUGAUGUUGAAUGCACGAUGGUGGAGAAGAGAGUCCUCUCCUUAGCUUGGGAACACCCUUUCCUGACUCAUGUCUUCUGCACGUUCCAGACCAAGGAAAACCUCUUUUUUGUGAUGGAAUACCUCAAUGGAGGAGACCUCAUGUUCCAUAUCCAGAGCUGUCACAAGUUCGACCUCCCCAGAGCCACGUUUUAUGCUGCUGAAAUAAUUUCUGGGCUCCAGUUCCUCCAUUCCAAGGGUAUAAUAUACAGAGACUUGAAGCUUGACAACGUCCUCUUGGACCAUGAGGGGCACAUCAAAAUUGCUGACUUUGGGAUGUGCAAGGAGAACAUUUUUGGAGAUGCAAAGACAAGUACUUUCUGUGGGACUCCUGACUAUAUUGCUCCUGAGAUACUGCUGGGGCAGAAGUACAACACCUCUGUUGACUGGUGGUCCUUUGGUGUCCUCUUGUACGAGAUGCUUAUUGGGCAAUCUCCUUUCCAUGGCCAAGAUGAAGAAGAGCUUUUCCAGUCUAUACGUAUGGAUAACCCCUUCUACCCUCGCUGGCUUGACAAGGAUGCAAAGGACAUUUUGGUGAAGCUUUUUGUGAGAGAACCUGAGAGGAGACUGGGAGCAAGAGGCAACAUCCGCCAGCAUGCUUUUUUCCGAGAAAUAAACUGGGAGGCGUUAGAAAACAGAAGGAUGGAGCCUCCUUUCAAACCUCGAGUGAAAUCUCCGAGUGACUGUAGCAACUUCGACAAGGAAUUUCUAAAUGAAAAACCCAGACUCUCCUGUGCUGACAAAGCACUGAUUAACAGCAUGGACCAAAAUAUGUUCAGCAACUUUUCUUUUGUGAACCCUAAAAUGGAGAAAAUAUUUUCCUGAGAUCUGCCUCACUGAAGGAAUUCUCUGUGCUGGCUUGAGAAGCACUUUUGUCAACUGAAGACUGUGCACCUUCAUUUUUAUCAAGAACCCACUGGGAAAACACCUCAAGGACAGUUUUUUACCUCACCUGGAGGCUUCCAGCUUAUUCCAGUCUGUAGCAGAUGCAGCCACUCUUCAAUAAUGAGGGAGUUUCUUCAUGUUAUCUUUUUGGUCACUCUACUUUCUUUUCCCAACGUUCUUGAACUUGAGAGCAUCUGAAACUGUGGAGGUGCCAAAACCUGUGCCACCAUUCUUGUGCACACAGCCAAUGGGUUUCUCUGGAAGAAAAGGCAAGGAAAUUGGAGCUUCUGGUGAUGUCAGUGCCCAUUUCUGCAAUUCUUACCUCCUUCUGAAGGACAAGUGGUUUACUCAAGGACUGAGAGCAUCCAGCAAGACUUCAGUCUGGGUGCUUUGGUAUCACACAUUAAAAAUAAUAUUUGCAGGAAUAAUAUUAUUAUGUUAAGGAUUUUUCUCCACUGGAACAAAGAGACUUUGCAGGUGGCCAUUCCAGCAUUCAUCCAUCUCACUCAGAGGCCCUGGAGCUAAGGACUCAGCCUCAAAGGAGCAUCAUUGCCAUGGAAAGUGUCCAGCAAACCACUGGUUUACACUUAGUCCUUGAGCAGGAAGGAUGGGAAGCUGCAGUCCUGCAAAAAGCCUCAGGAACCCAACUUCUAAAGCUUUAAUUGUUCACUCAGAGAAAGAUCUAGACUGGGCUUGCUGGGGUUUUAUCCUAAAACUGCAUGAGAAAGGUGGAAGAGGUUUCCUCAAACCAUUUUUUAAGCAACAUAAAACUGUCCUUCCAGUCACAGCAUUGGCAGAUUUUACAUGACAGGCAGUAACCAGUCCUUGCAAAGCCAGAGGCUCGAGGUGAUGUCCUCACUCUUUGGCAAACAUGGGUCAAAAAGCUGCACCCAGCAGUCCCAGGGCAGGACAUACUGGGUGACAUUUUGCUGUGUGUUUUAUCCCUUUAAGUCUGUGGAAAUGUAGAUGGGUUAUUAAUAAAAAAACUUUUUUUUUUACCCUUUCAUCAUAGGAUCUUUUUAAUCAUCCAGGGAAGGGGAUUCCUGCUCUCUGGAAGUGUUUAAGUUGCUUGGAGCCACCUGGUCUAGUGAGAGGUAUCCCUGCCCAUGGCAGGGAGGU